AUGUCCAACUUUGACGUGGAUAUCGGUGCAAUGGACGAAGUAAUAUUCAGACUCCAAGGCAUAGUUAGCGACAAGAUGCUACCACCAAUGGCAAAGCCUGCUUCGUACGUCCACUCCAUUGAGCAACAACCAUAUUUACGUACCGCCAUUGCUAUCACGGGACUCGGAGACAUUGUGUUCAAUAAGGUGAUGGAAAAGCUAGAAGAAGUUUUCCUCCGUUUUGCAAACAAUUUUCCCGCGGACAGCGUCAGCGGCUAUGACCCAGUUCUUCACAAAGACACGGGUUUCAAUGUUUUCCAUGCGCAUAGCCAAUAUUUCACGAAGGUAUCCGCAUAUCAAGACAAAUCUGACAACAUAGACAUUGUCGAGAUCAGUGUUGCCUUUGUCACAUUUCCUGCCCAAGGAAACAAGUACAAAUUUGUUGUCGCUCUUCGCGGAAUACUUGUCUUGGACCAGGAGGCAAGAGAGGUAAGCAAUGUUACAUUGAACAGUCUCAUAGCCAUUCAUAACUUCCAACAGAAAGCUGAUAUUCUCAGAAUGCGGUCGCGCUAUACUCCAGCGAAAAGACAGGUUGCUGUUUUGUGUAGGACAAAGAGGCAGCUGUACAAAGGUCAGAUUGACAUUGAAGACACGCAACAGAGGAUGACACGUAUGCGCUUAAAUGAGGACACAGUCCACAAUAGAAAUACUAUGUCCCAAGAUUAA